UAGUUAAUUGGAUAAUUUUAAUUGCGUGACUUUACACUCUGUUUUGCAAGUUCUCGCAAGUUCAUUACCGAGAAGAAAACAAAUAAUUAGAAAUGAACAAAUCAACGCUGACCAUCACGUCUGACUUUUCUAAAUUGUCAUUAAAAACGCCAAAAAUUUUUGUUGAAAUUUUCAAACUCUUAAAAUGAAAUUCUGCAGCAUUUGCAACAAAAAAUUCAACAAGUCUGAACUCCUCCAAAGCAGCGACGAUGAAUACUUCUGCAAAGAGUGUUUUAAAUACGAGUAUUGUGCAGUCUCUACAAAGAAAAAACCUCCAGUAUCGAAUAAAUAUGAGGGAGAUUCCUCCAGAAAGCGCAUAAAAAUGUUCCCAAUGGAGGAAUUAGCAAAGAUUAGACGCAACAGAGAAAUUAAACGUAAAGCAGUCCCUUCGAAACGACCUUUGCAGUGCCCCCACGUGGAUUGUAAUCGUUAUGUCAGUAUUUAUGAUCUCAACGCUCACUUCCAGCACGAGCACAUGGAAGUGCCCAUCACGGAAACCGCCCUCGAUGCCCGAAAUCCGCUCACUUUUCAGCCGACAGAUAUCCGAUAUGGAGUCAAACAAUGCCUCAUUCUUCUCAACGUCAUACCGCAAAACGAAGAAAUAGAAAAUAGCGGAAGUCAGGAGAAACCUUUGAUGCCGGUGACCGUGGCCGUUUUGGCUUCGCGUCUCGCCUCAGCUCAACUAGGGGAUGAAGAAGACGUGGUGACGCAAGACGAAAACACUGGGAUGGUUUCCGGAAACAACGACAAAAUUAUCAUUUGGACAGCAUCGAAUGUUUUAUGCGAUUUUAGUUACACGGUGGCGGUUUCCACAAUCACGGAAAAUGUGAGAGUGAAGCAUUAUGGUCCAGUGUUGCAAUUGGGGAAUAAUCCACAAACGUUGUGUAUGGAAGGGCAGUGCUUAAUUCUGAGUCAUUUCCAUUUUUUGGGGAUGUCUGAUAAUGGACUUAAGCCGCUGCGAUUGGACGUUAUUAUACAUUCAGAAGAUUGAUUUUUAUACUUUUUGGGUAAUUUAUUGUAAUUAAAAAUUGUCGUCUAUAAUUAAAUUGUCUUUUUAAUAUUUA